CGUAGGCUCAAGUAGACUUGGCGGCAGCGGGGCUGCGUCUGCAGAGGCCAAGCUGGAGGGGCAAGCACCGGCCGGGGAUCAGGCCUCAGGAAGAGGCCCCUUCUUGGAAUUCCCUCAUGGAGGAAUUGGCUACAGUGUCUGAAUCUUUGGAAAAUAAAGCCUCUUUCGGGAAAAGGAGUGUUGUGAACUUCUAAGGGCCUGAUCAUUAUUGGUGAACUGUUUGAUGUAAAAGACUUCACUCCAUAAUCUACAUCUGCCCUAAUGCUGUCAUCUGGAGUAGAGACUCAGCCAGUUCCACUUGAUUCCUCCAUGUCUGCCGUGGUACAGGAAUUAUACUCUGAACUCCCAGUAAGUGUCUCCAAAGAGCUUCAUGCACACCCUGAGCCAAGUGUGAAUCCAGUUGUAAAGCUUGGAGCCUCUAGCUCUUUUAUAAAUCAGAGUAGAAUAUUGCCCUUGAAGCUUCACAGGACUCAUGCAGAAAGUUAUCAAGAAACCUGUAAGACCUUGGAUCAUGGGGGUGAGCUUGGGUGGUGUGGUUUGGUAGACCCCAAAGUAGGAGAUUCUGUGGCUUCUGGGAUCUUGCAUAGGGAAGAGAAAGCCAAGAGUAUGGAGCUAAAGGUCUUCAGAGAUCAAGGGAACCAAGUGGAAAUUAUGAGAGAGACCUGUGAGGGAGCAAAGGAAGACCUAUGCAAACAUUCUACAUCUGCUGAAGAAAAUAUCAGCACAAGUCAGGAGGACCUCCUGAUGCAGAACAGCAAAGAACUUUUACAUGCAGACCUCCCUGAAGAUUUUCUAAGGAGCAAAGAAGGAAAAGUAUGGAUUACAACUGAAACUCCACUGAAAUCUAUUACAGAUGUACAAGGUAUGAAGGUCAAUAGGACUAAGACGGAUAAUAAUGAAGGACACAAGAAUGGCCAUGUGAGUAAAGGUCUCUCAGCUGGGUGCAGCGAAUACCCAGAAGUAGACAAAAUCAUGACCAGUGGUGAGGUUUCAGAAACCAGAACAUUAGUUUCCUUAGAGCCUUUAACCUUUGUGGACCCUGGAUUAACAGAAGCAACUCCUAAAGAAAAAGAAUGUGGAGAAUUAAAAACUUGUCCUUCUUGGUUGUCAUUAUUACCAGGGAACAGUGCCAUUUCCAAAGUGGACAGUGGGAAAGAAGAAUUGUGUAAAUUAAGCCUUGUCUGUGAAGCAGAUGACAAUCACCAACAGAGUCUGGGCCACCAUAAUGAAAACUGCUGUUCUACAUAUGAUAGUUCCACAGCUAUGGGAAAUGUAGAUGCUGUAAAACCCUUGGAAGAAAAUUAUGAAAUUUCACAUUUCACACCAAGUUUGUCUGAUCCAGAAUCCAGAACAACAUCCUUAGAAAAAUGUGGUUUUGAAAGCUAUGGUUUGUUGAAGAGAUUUGCUGAAAAGACAGACAGUUCCUAUUUUUAUGAGGAUGAUCAAAGCAAGAACUUGGCUUCUAGAGAAGAAAGUGAAGAACAACUUUUAAAUCCCAGGAGUGAAAGAGAUGAACUCUUUCUUAUUAAAUCCAGGCAACCAGAAAAGGAUGCCAGUAAUUAUUGUUCUGGUGAAAAAGAGAGUGUUAAUUCCCCAAAAGAAAAUAUCCACAAUAACUGUUGCAUUCAAGGUAGAACCCAUACAGACAGCUCUAGUUCUUUAAUGCCCAAGGCUUUUACUGAAACCACAGAAAUAAUGUUAAAAAAAAAUGAUUUGAAAAUCACUUCAGAUAUUCAGGGUAGCUUUACAAACCCUGAGGACCAUAGAGAAACUGUUAGUAAUAUGAAGCAUCCAGGUGGACAUUCUGAAGAAAGCAGUUUUUCUUCCUUGGUGCAGAAUGAAGAGCCAGAACAGACAACCACUAAAGAAUCCAGUUUAUUAAGUGAAAAGGUUUAUAAUAAAGACUCUGACUCCUUAGUCAGCAUCCAGAGAAAUCUGGAAGGUGACACCCAAUUAAAUGAAGCAUCAUGUACUGAUUUUCUGUCCAAAAGAAAAUGUCGUAUGACUUUAUUGCCAAAAGAUGAGAUAAGUUCUGUAUGUAAUGAAGUAUCAAAACCUAAGAAAGAUAUUGUUCAGUUACCACCAUCUCUAGAAUUGGAUUAUAGAUCUGAGACAGAAAAAGCUAUACAGACCUCACAUAACAAUAGUUCACAUUUAGAUGAACAGAGUACUGCCCAUGAGAUGAGUGAAUCUUCUGAUAUCAACAAAUUGGUUGUAAACAAAGUAGAAAAUGAAUGUGUUUUAAAUCAAGUGUCCCUUAAUUCUCAAGACCAUGUGAAGUUGCCAACCAACUCCCUACUAAAUAUAAACAGAGAGAUGCCUUUAGCCACAAGCAAAGAUGCCCAACAGAGCCAACAUCCUCCAUUAGAGAAUGGAAGAUCUGUUAUUGCUGAUGCUCAAAUCAUUCCCAUUACAACAAAAAUGAAAGACAUCUCUCCACUAGUUGAAAAAACAUGUGGUGCCUCUUCAAACAGUCCUACCUUAAACGUCAACCCAGGAAGCCUAGAAAGAAGAAAAGAAAUGACUGACUCAGGAACAGAAGAUCUACAUCCUAGGUUCCUCCCAAGUACAAAAGAAGAAUCUGGCUUUCCUCAAGAUGUUUCUGUCACAGAAUGUCAAAAUGUUCAAUCUCAGGAUAUUCUCAGCUGUCAUUGUAUAAGAAGCAAUGCAUCAGAAGAUAACAUGUGUUUUGCUUGUGCUUCUUUUGAAUCCAACAAAAUCAUCCUGAACUCUUCUGUUACAAAAUGUGAAGAUGGGUUUCUGCAUAAUGAUCACCACUCCCAAGGAAUAGAAGACUCCAUGGAAAAUAGUACCCGUAAAUUGAGUUGUACAUCAGAAGAGAGUGAAGUUGAUAGGAGAGAAACUAAAGGUAGACUUCUGGGAAUUAAGAUCAGAAAUAAAGUGACAGCAGGAGUGUCAGAUAGUGGAGCUUCAAACAUAACCAUUCACACCAUUAGUCACAUCAAACCCAAUGAGGAAGGACUAGAAGGAAAAGAAACAGAUAUACCCAAAGAGACAGUGUUUUAUAAAUAUAACAUCUCUGAUUGUGCUACAGGAGAACUAAAUCAAUCUGCAAACAUUCCAAGUCCUGAAACAUUGUUGGACAAGGCUUCUACUAUUAUGUUCUCCAGUUUUAAGAAUAUAAACCAAACAAUUGAAACUCUUGAUCAGAAGAUAAGUGAAGUCCUUGACUGCCACAGUAACCAAAACAGACCAAAUGAGUACAGAGAUGAAAAUAAAUCAGCUGAGGAGGCACGAGAUAGUAACCACAGAGAGACCAACAUAGAUUCUAACAGAGAGGAAAAUCACAACAAAAAAGACCUGAUAGCCAGUUCAAGCAGUAAUAACUCACUGUCUUAUGAUGGUCCAAAAGAAGGUGAUUCAAAAGGAGUCUUUGAAAAUAUUUCUGGCUCUGCAGAGUUCACAGAUGAUAUCAUAGACUUGGUCAAUGCUGACUAUAAUAAAAAGCCUAUGGAAGGCAUGGUAGACAUGAAAGCAUUCAGUACACUUAGUGGUGGUGUAAGGCAAGAUACACUGGCAUCCCAUAAAACCUCAAGGAGUACCUCCUCUCAGAGAGGAGAACUGAAUGCCACAUUUAUAGGAACAAUUAAACAGGACUCAUAUCUUCCAAAUGCUGCUGCUUCUCCAGUGGAAUCCCUUGAAAUGAAAAAAUCAUGUGAGGAGAAAGUAUGCAGAUCUUUAAAAGACUGUGAAAUGGAAGAGUAUUCAGAUUCUUGUGCUCAGGAUAUGGAGUCAGUUGCAGAUCAUGAACCAAAUAUAAAAAUACUGGGUAGAAUAAACAUGUCUUUAAAUUAUAUUUGUCAUGAACACCAAGGUAAAGGAACAUCUCUGAAAGAAACACAAGGAAUAACUGAAGGAUCAGGACUAGAAUUAAAUUCUGUAUUAUGCAAGAAAAUACCCUUUGAAAUUUCCUCAAAAGAUUUGAUGUUUUCUAGAUGCCAAGAUGAGACCUGUGUAUCCCCAGGGAGCAUGAAAUCGAUUGAGAUAAUGUCUUUAUGUCUGUCUGCUCGAGAAAAUUCAGAAACUGAUACUAAGAUUAAAAAAACUGACCUGAAAAAUCUCUUCACACCAAAUGAGAGUGAAAUGCUGUGUGAAACUAUGGAAGACUGCACAGUCCUGCUUGAGAUGAAGGAGGGAGGUCUGAGGGAUAUGAGUAAUCCUAGUGAAAGAGACAGUAUGCAGAUCAGUGUGAAAAAUAAUAUUUGCAAAGAUUAUCACUCUCAGGAGAAUUCUACUGAUAGACAUUCACCUUUGACAGCAACUAAAGUGAAUAGAGAGGAAACUGAAGAUCCUUUGAGAGAUACAUUGGGUCACUUACCUGUCGGGGAGGAAUCUAAAGAGAUGAUUACUGUAAAAGGUGGUAAUAGUGCUAAUUUGAGGAAGACCCACUUGAAAUGCCAAGGCAUGCAUGCUGAUGCUGAAAAACAACAAAGUCAGUGGGUCUUGGACUAUAUGUUGCCAAAGGAAGAGAAACAAGUACAUCAAAAAGGAACACAUAUGGUUUUGGAACAACGCCAAUCAUCUAAUAUGUUGGCUGAUGUGGUGAAAAAUAAGAGCCAACCUAAGGCUAACAAAAAUGAGUCUACCAUGAUUAAAGAAAUCACCCUAUCAAAGCCAACCAAGGGCAACAUUGCCAGACAGUUUCAGAGGUUGGAAGACCCUGAAAAGGAGGAAAGCUUAUGUCAUCCAUUAAAGAAGGACAUUGAGUUGUGCACAGGUCCAUGCCUUCCUGAUGCCCCUCAGAAAGCACAAGACCCCAGGUCUGCUGGGUAUGAUCAAAUACAUGGUGCCUUUGUGAACAUUUCCUGUCAGAAAGGAAUGCUUCCCUUAAAGAAGCAGCCCCAUAGAACAUGUAAGAAAGUUGCCUGUCAUGAGCCAGUCAGCAUGAAGAGGAAAAUAAGUAAAAUCAGAAGUUCUGCCUUCGGAAAGAGUUCCUCUGAUCCCAUCCCCACAAAAGCACACAGACUUCUCAGCUCAUGUGCUGCAUCUGCUUCUGCACGAUUGGAAUCCAAAACAGUACCUACCAAGAGCUUGCUUAGCCACAUACCAAAGCAGAGGACUGUUCCAUUCCAUCCCUUGAGGAGCCUGAAUUAUAGAAAGCCUACCAAAGAAUUAGCCUUACUAAACAAGCUGUCCAUCCUUGCCUCCAAACUAGCCCCAGCCAUAAAAACCCAGAAACUCAGAUAUCGGCGAUGUUCCUCUGCACUUCUUCCAGUGGCUAAAAGCUACAAACGCCUCAGAUACAAAAGGCUUCUAGAUGGAUUUUCAUAUAAUGCAAUGCAGCUGAAUCCACAUUUGGCAGCUAGUGGAUGGAACAAGAGGCCCGACAGUAAGCCCUUGGAACUUCAUUCUCUCGAAGCCAUCAAAAGGAGCUUCAUAGAUUUGAGCAACAAGAUGCCAUCAUUGCUGUUUGGUUCUGAAAUCCUCCCGGUUUCUUUUCAUAUGAAACUAGCCCCUGAUUACAUGACUGAAUCCUCACAGACUUUUCCUGAGCACUGUGCUCCAGCAAGGCUUGCCUUAGGAGAGGCCCCCCAGUGCCCAUCUCAACCUCCCAAGUGGACCUUUUCUUUUUUCUUGUCCCACAGUUGCCCUGGGAUGGCCACAUUCAGGGAAGAUACUGGCCUCCAUAGUCAGGCACACACUCAGGCUUCUCAACAGACUCUAGCUCCUCUCCAAGACUAUGGAGGCUCUUCCAUAGUCCAGACCAGAGCAGACUGCUCUGUCCUUGGCCUUCACACACUUCUUGCACUUUGUUCCCCGGGAUGUUACCGAAUCUGGACAAAAAAACGGAGCUUUUCUAGUCACAUGCCUACCAUGCAGAGGCUCUUCAUGACCCAGUUUACACAGGGCUUGAAAGGGUUAAAGUCUCCAGCCUCCAUAGCAGACAAGGUCUUCUGUUCUCUGCCCUACUCUGUGGGUAGGGUAUUAUCCAUUUGGAGCCAGCAUGGGCCUUCCUCCUGCUCCUUCGAAAUCUCUGCUCUCCAUUCCAAGCGACCACCAAGUCUGGGCACCAUAAGCAGCCACACCAUGUUACCAUAUGUGCCUCUUCCAGGCAUGGAAGUUACAUAUAACACCAGCAGCAGUCAGAUGAGGCUAGAGCCUGCACUCACUGCCUUGGUACCAAAGUCUUGCUUGGUAACAGAACCAGCUGUCAGCAAACUCCUGCUUUCAGGCUCUGAGUUCCAAGUUCCUGGGUUUGAUGAACUGGAUGGUGUGACAGCAGCCUGCCCCCAACCACAGAGCAGCUCUCCGGAACAGAAAGAGGCUGAGCCAGAGAAGAGACUAAAGAAAGUCUCACAGAUUCGCAUUCGGAAAACCAUUCCCAAGCCUGAUCCUAAUCUUACCCCGAUGGGCCUUCCUCGACCUAAAAGGUUAAAGAAGAAGGAAUUUAGUUUAGAAGAAAUAUAUACCAACAAGAAUUAUAAGUCUCCUCCUGCAAACAGGUGUUUAGAGACCAUCUUUGAGGAACCCAAGGAACGAAAUGGUACACUAAUCUCAGUAAGCCAACAGAAGAGGAAGCGAGUUCUAGAAUUUCAGGAUUUUACAGUACCACGAAAGAGGAGAGCUCGAGGUAAAGUCAAGUUGACAGGCAGCUUUACCAGGGCCCAGAAGGCAGCUCUGCAGAGUCGAGAACUGGAUGCUCUUUUGCUACAGAAACUGAUGGAACUAGAGACCUUCUUUGCCAAGGAAGAGGAACAGGAGCAGUCUUCAGGUUGUUGAAACAAAUUCAGAUAAGAGUCUCAAUUUUGUAUGUUUUUGGACCUCCAUGGAAUAGGUCAGCUAAUUUUGCCCUUAGGCCCAAACCACUCAAGAUGUCCAGUCCAUGAAUAUUUACCUAUUUCAAGGUGCAGCCUUUUUAGGAACUGGUAAAGGAGGAACCUCUACUUCUACUGCUGAGUUUAGAACCUCAGGAAUGCUCUUUUCUCCUGGAAAUGGUCCUGAAUGACAUCUGGCCACCUCCUCCCAAUCGCAGGAGGAAGGAGGAAGAAGCCACAUAUCUUAAGCAACACUAGGAUUCCAAGGACUCACAGCAUUUGCACGUCCAAAUGAAAGUUCUGCUUUGUUUACGGUGGUGCUAGAAACAUGGCCUAGGGAGGAGGACCUGGUGUCCUGCCCUGUGUGGUCUCACUGGCUCAUUUAGGUGGUCAAGAAAAGAUGAGCUAUUGUGUUUUCUAAUCAUUUGAGUCUGUCCAGAACCUGUUGGUGUGAGUGUAUAUGAGUGUGUGCGUGUGUGGGGGGCCUUUUUCCAUCAUUUUCUCCCCACUGUGACUGUGGGUCACUAAUGCCAGAGGAGCCCGUCCACGCCCCAAAGUAAGUUGCACUUUUAAUGUUGUAGUGUUGAUUAUUUUCAGUUUCUUUAUUUUUAUUUUUUUUAUUAUUAUUGCUGCAUGUUUGGGGCCUUUAAAUGUGAUUUUUUUUUUUUUUUUAAGACAUUAAGGAGAAAGACAGUACAUGUCUUAGGAGAAUACAUGUCAGGCAUAUGACCCAGUUGAUCAGUACAUGGAGGAAACAUUUUCCCAUUCAUGUGUUUUAAGUAAUCCCUCCCCAUCUCUAACUUCUAGUGUAGCUCAUUUGAGGGGCACUUUUUCCUCUGGGUUCUCAUUCCUGCCCACUAAACACACACAUUUUUUAUUUUUUUUAUUAUUAUUAUUUUUUUAGUGAUAUAAGUGAAAUCAGAUUUCUCUUCCAGUCAUUUAAAAAAAUGCUAAGGUCAAGUGUGGUUUUCUCUCAAAUGUUGGUGUGUAACCAAGUUGACUAUAGCAACUUGGGUGGUGAUAAGAGACCAACCCAGAGUAUUUGCAGCUAUCCAAGCAGCCUGCUCCAGGAGUAGGGAGAGAGUCAGGGUAGUAGUUCAGUCCCAGUGAUCCAUUCUCAUGGUGGGAUUCUGAAAUUCCAUAGCCAACCCUCAUUGAGGAUACCUGGUCAAACCUACUGAAAAUGCUGUCAAAUGCCUGAAGUAGCUGAGUGUCUUGGUUUGUACCUGCAGGAGUCUGGGCAGCAGGCUCAGAAGUCUCAUUCCUUUCCCAAUGAAUCCCUCCCCCCUCCAUCCUUCCCUUAUAGUUUCUUUUUUUUUUCUUUUCUUUCUUUCUUUUUUUUUUUAUUUCCCUCACUUAAAAUAAGAGUUCAGAGAAUCAACUUUCCUUGGCUGGUGAUAUGCUCAAGCCAGCCUCAGGACACUGUUCACCUUUCUUCAUCCUCCUAGGAGCCACUGCCACAAAGCAAUCACUGAUGGAACUGUCAUAGCUCCAGGGACAUUUCCCAGUCAGAGAUGAGCAUCUGGUGCCCUCCUGGAAUGUUGGAUUACUCUCUUAGGAUGUUUUGUUUCCCCAUUUGUUAGUGGGUGGGGAGAUGGGUUGGGGGUUGGGGGGUCUCUAUGUGCCUUUCUUUUGCAGGUUAAGUUUGUGCCAUGCUGGAGCAGAAAAACUGACAAGAACAGGAAAAAAAAAAAAAAAAGGUACCACGUCUGUCAUCCAGGCCCACUGCCUCAGACGUAGCAUUUAAACAAGUGACAUAUAUACCUGGACAUCCACAGAAGAUUCCAAGGCCAUGGCCCAGUAGGACUAGAAGAGCACCAGGGUUCCAUACUGCCUCUGAAUGAUGCUGGCCAGAUUCUGCCAUUCUAUAUCCCCUUUAUCGAGACUGUGUGGACAUGACCUAUGUUUCACUUCAAUACCUCUACCUUUGUUAGACAAGGUUCUUAGCACUCAGUCCCUCUCUGUCAUUUUCCUAGAGAGAGUACAAUGAGUAAUACAUUGUUCCCUUGUACAAACAUGUAGGGAGCUCCAUUGCCAACCACAGCUAAAGCAGUACUGCGGCAAUCAUGUCACCCAGCAGAUGAAAGUUGAGGGGGCACAAAUGUAGUAUCACCAACAUGACAGGCAUAAAAUUUCAAGUUUGCCUAUUAUAGGCAUGGCGCUUGAAAGGUCCUAGAGCAGUGAUUUGAAACAUUGGCAUCUGGGAAUGGAGGACUAGGCUCCUGGCUCCUUCCUUAUCCUGGAAUGUAGGGGAAAAACUGCUCUGAAGCCAACCCUUUCUGUCCUUGGAAUUCUUGGCCUACCCUCACCAGAGAGCCCUAUCCCUGCUCCAAAAAAGGGGUCCCCAUUGCAAUCCUAAAAUUACCUGAAGUUGCUACAUCAGGUUCUAGUAGAACUCAGCCACACCUGUCUUAACAUCCAAUUUUGCUGUUUAUCUAGCCAGCCUCGGGGCUGUCAGUGAUCCUCAGAAUCUGUGGUCACUGACCACAAUGGGAGACAUUAGUCAGCUGCUGGCAUGCCACCUGACCAGGGCCAUAGGAGGUCUAUUGUGCUGGAAGUUGAUAAGAAUUAUGAGUAUGGAGACUUCCCACCCCAAGUAUUGGGAAGCUGCCAUCAGUUACAGUUUAUUCAACUAUAUCACCUCCAGAAGUUUUAGUGUUUUCAUGUUUAUGAAAAAGGAGGAGAAAUCUCAGGUCCAAUCAGGGUUCUGCCCAUCUCCUUUUCCAUAUUUUGAUUUCCAGCUAUACUGGCCUGGACUCCCCUUACCUCCCCUCCUCCUCUUUUCUAUUUCUUUUUUUUCCCCCCCUCUUAGUCUUUUUUCCAACUUCAUAUCUCAAUUAGUUGAACGUACCUCAUACUUUUAAAAGCAGAUUGUUCACUUUUUCUUACCAACCUUAUUCUUAAAAGCUACAGCUGAGGGAGGUACAGUGAAAAGACGUGUAGCAUUUGCCUUACUCGGAGCCUGAAGAGCUCAGAAACUCAUGCUGUGAAUCCCAAAACUCAGUGCUCCUCCAAGAGCUGUGAAAAUCAUGACACUUUGUCACAAUUUUGCCUGAAAGGGUCUUUUGCUUGGGCACCAGAGCCAACCUGAGGUCAAUUUCAGAUUCUAAUCUCUGGGCAUUGACUCCCAGUGGUUCAUCCCCUGCCCACCAGGUAAAAAGCAGUAGCAAGUGUGCAGGACUGUGGCAGCAGGUCCAAGGCUGCAGUACAGCCUAACGGGCAGAGAGCCAUCACUCCCAUCUCCAAGCUGGGAUUCCAUCUCAGCAUCAGUACCAUGUACAUUAAGAUCUGCGAAAGAACAACUUUUGGGCAAUGAUACUUUUCUCCCAUUGCCUGGGGUGGGAGAGGAGUAUGCAGUUGGUGCUUUCUUUAAUACCCUUGUUUUGUUUCUGUAAACUUUUCCCCUGGUAUCAUGGAAAGGACCUCUUAAAUAACCACAUUGUGGGUGGCUAUAUCCAAAGUAUUAAUAAUUGGCCAGAGGUAGGGAGUAUCCUUGCCUGGAUUCAUGCCAGAAGAGGACCCCUUGCUUGAACUGAAUUUCUGUAUAAAGCUGACUAGGGGGAAAGGCUUAACUUCACUAAAAUCACAGUUUAAUAUUACCAUCUAGCCAGGAACAGCAGGAACGUUGACUGUGAAGUGGGGGUCCCCAUGUAGCCUGUCAUUCAGCACAGCAUGCUCAGAUUUGAUGCUUGUUAACUGUCUUCACAAGCCCCUCUUGGUGCUGAAUUGGAUUUGAAUUCUCCAUGAGAGGCCGCAUCUCCUUGAACCAAGGUCUGGGCCAGUAAAUAGCUGCCUGAAGUGUUUCUAUAUUAUCAUGGUCAAUAGUUCAGUGAAAUUUGUACAUUUUUGGUAACAUUGGCAUACAUGAUGCCCCUGCAGUUCCUUUUCUGUUUGGUAGUUUGUGACUCUAAAAUGCCCACUGUUAUGUGUGUUAAUUUAUGAGAAUAAAAAUUUUUUGAAACCUUUCAAAUAACUGUCAGGGCUGUUAGUUUUAUUCUUGUGGUCUAAUACUAGAUUAAAAUUAUGCCUGUAAUGCCA